AAAACGCAUACCAUGACAGAAGAUCUAGAAAAAUCACCCAGUAGUUAGUUCUUUGACUUAUUUUCUAGAAAAUAGUUGAAGUAGGUUUGCCCUAUAUCGGCAUUUUUGAAGUUCAAAAUUUCUGGUUGUUGCUAAUGCAUUGUGGGAAAACCUCCUUUCAAUCCGUGCACUUUAAUUCAUCUGACAGAGCGCAAAAAAUAUCCUUCCUCCAUGACGCAGCAGAUAUAGGGACUCGCGCAUUUGGAGCCGCAUACGCGCUAGCGCGAUAUCUUGCUAUGGAUUCUUUCGGUAGUCAAGCUCUUCUUCAUGCAUCGGUUAAUCGAAGUUCAGAUUCUGGUGACCCUGAGGUGGAAUAUCGUGUCAAGAAAGUAACUGAGAAGUUCUCGGAGUGUAUGCAUAUCGUUGCCAAUGAGCCUUCACUUGCCUUGUUUCGAAUUCAGGAACACAUUAGAAAAUCUUUACCAAGGCUGGCAGAAUGCAAGAUGGAACUUGGACAGACACAGCAACUUGUUCAAGGGGCAUAUUAUGAUGUGGAUUAUGCCAUCAGGGCUGUGAGUGAAAUACAGAAUAGCACUCAUUCAUUUACAUCAAUAGAGAAUAUGCUGAAUGAUUCCAUAGCACAAAAGAGACAACUCAUUGCCAAGACACAAGCAGCUAGAGCAGCUAAAGCAAGAAGAGAUUCUCCAUUGACACUAAUCAAAGAUGAAACAGGUGAAACAGUCAAUAGAGACUCCACAUCUUGAGCACUGGAUGUGAGGAAUUUGGAUGAUGUAAGAAAACAUGGCCUCCAUUCCAUACCUUGGAAGGCACGAGGAUAAACUGAGGCAGGCAAGCACACCAGUUCUGUGUGUCAUUUGUACGUGUAGUUUGUAUUGUGUCAUUGACAUUUAAAGGCUUUUUGUACCACAAAAGCAGUGAAUACGUGCAGUUUAUCCUGAUUGUUGACCGUAGUGUUGCUUGAUUUAAAUGAAGCAAUGUUGUUCAAAGCUAGCCUGUAGCAUCAGUGAUGAAUCAAUGGAAUGGAACUACAUGAAAUGUAAAAUGAGUAGUUUUUAUGCAUUUUCAUGAUGUGUCCACCACAUAUCUAAAGGUGAAAUAUUGCUUACGCCAUUUGAUUUGUAAGCAGUUACAUUCCUCUAUUAAACAAAAUAUUAGUUUUGGACGAUGACCAGGAAUGUUUCAGUCCAGUUCAGUGUUGAAAUUCGUACAUUUCUUCAACAAGUGAAGUGAAUAAUGCACAAAUUUUCGGAGAGAUACCCAGUUCGAGUAACAAGGUCCAUUUAUUGUGCCAUCCUGUCAUGGAUCAGUCUUCACCGGAUUAAGGGGACAAUUUCUUUGGUUGGGUAAGUUAGGAGUGAGUUGUGGGGACAUUUUUCUGUCCUCAUAACGUUUUCAGUCCCCACAAAAUAGGUGAAGUUUUGUGUGUUUGUCCUCACAACCAGGGAAUAAGUUUUUGUGAUCUCGUAAAAAAUGGUAUGGCUAGUAAAGAAGUACAAAAAGAAGAAAUCAAAGUUUGAAGAAAAUGCAACAGGAAUAUAAUAAGUGAUCACAAAGUUUAAGUGUGGCGUUGAUGUAAAUGCAACCAGCUUUUGUGACUCUUGGCAGCAGCGGAACGAUUCUCAAAGUGAGGAGGGUUGAAAUUGUGAUGCUACCAGGCAUCAAACAUUAAGCCCAGCCCUAUUAUAGGACCUGUCAAAAGUGGGGAAGCCAUGCCCUCAGUCCGAACCCCUCGGUUCUGCCGCCGGUUGUGACACUUCAGCGAGAGACAAGGAUGAUAUCAGUGUCUUUGUUUCUCUCGUCAUUAUCCAACUAUCAAGAAAUCUUGGAAUCAAAGAAAUGAUGUCUUCAUAACUAGAUUGCUAUUGAUAUGUAUCAAAUGGAAAAAGUUAAAUUGAAGUCUGCAGUGUUCUUCCAGGUAAAUUAAAAAAGUGCAUUUUUUAACAAAUGUAGCUAUUACAAUGUUUCCUGUUUUAUUUGUGAAGUUCAUUCCCUGUUAAUAAGUGCACUACAUAGAUCUGUAGAUUCAAUAUCUGUUAAUUAAUGUGGUAUACUGUAUUUCCCUGAAAGCUGUCGUAAACACGCACCUACUUUCUUUCUGCGCAUUAACUUCUCUCCUCUCCUACCUACUCCAAGCCCCGCCCAUCCCUCAUCAUUUUAUUCCUUAGUGACUUUCCCUUGCCAUGCUGUUAUCCCAGCCAGCCUUGCUGUUGCCAAGUACUAGUUUGAAGAGCAUGCUGCUUUUCAAAUCUUGAUGGCAAAAUACAGUUCUCAAACAGUUAAUGUGUGCCCCACGAUGUAAUCUGCAAAAUUUAAAUAGCGCCACCAUUUGACCCGACUUGGAAAGUUGAUCAUACUUCACUAUUUUGGAGACCUCCUAUUUUGUGUAGGUUACGGUUAAUUAACAGGAAUGAUUGUCCAUUGCUCCUGAGAACCUGGUGGGGAGUGAUGGAUGUGCUGAUAUUUGGGUGUUUUCUCAAAAAAGUUAAAGGAGGUAUAUAGAGACCCCAAAAUGAAAUCGCUCAAGUCGAUUUCGUCAACUUGUAUAUGGAAAAAUACUUCUUGUUCAAUGUAACCUCCAGGCCCAACUGACCUUUUAAAUUUCUUAAUGGGAAUGUGAUCUUAAUUUUAUAAUCGACCAUUACUCAUUAGAACUACAUUGCAUUUUUUCAAUUAGUUAAUGAUGAUCCCCAUAUAGUAUUUGAAAGUUGCAAGUAUACCCAUUUGUGCUUGAUGCAAUGUUCUGUUUCAAUUUGGGAUUUCCGGACAUAUUUUCUUUACUACCUGCUGAGGAAUUAUUAUUGGGCGUGUGCGCGCCAGACAGACAUCACAGCAUGAAACAUUGAGUGGGAAUUGUCAAAUAUAUGACGUCAACAAUUAAAUGUGCACGCGCUUAACGCGGUCAAUUGAGUAUUGCAUGCAUAAUUGUGGGGUUUUUUACAGCUUGUUUCGUCAAAAUUUAUCUACCUUUGCUGCAUUCUGCUGUAAGUAUCCAGAAGUCUAUGUUCUCUCUGAAGACUCUGGUUGAUAUAAAAUAAGAGAUGGAACAGAAAUCUUAAAUAACGUUCAAUGUAAUUUUGUUGUCACGUACAUGACACAACCUGGGGUGCUUCCAUCGUUUGGUUCGCGAAGACGAAAAUGAACGUAUUUAUAAGAUCCAUUCUUAAAUUUACUACUUCAUUUUUAAUUCUUUGGCAAGCGUAAAGAAAUCAGAAAGUAGACUUCAAAAAAAUCGUUUUAUUUGGUGUGAAGGUCAUAUACAGAAACGACUUGGUGAUGAUUUGGUGAACAUGUAUAGAUGCAUUAAGAUACUUGUUACUGACUUUCAGCAUUGGGUAACUCACCUCACAUGCAGAUGGUAAUAGAUACCAGUGUUAUUUCUAGCAUUCAUUUGAUGUCAGGUUGUUUCGCUUGAUGUCUUUUCAAAACACUUCAAACAUCCGCAACAGAUCUUGAAUGCUUUACAUUCCAAGGAAACCAGAAUUACAAAUUCAGUGGAUUCCUUUAACUCCCUUGUCCACUGCAGGCAUAAACUGUGUUCGUGGCACAUCAAUCGUCGGUCUCACUGUUUGUAUGCCUUGGUCUUAAUUCCAGUAGGUCUGGGGAUCUUCUGAUGCAAGUACCAGUGGUUUGCUCGUUAAACGCUUUGAGUACUGAUCCUUGUACCACAAUUACAAGGAGUGUGCGGAUCACUUAGGACACUGUUAGAAAAUUCAGAUUUGCCCCAGUCUCCAAAGGCAAAUUAUUCCUCAAAAACAAAUUGCUUAACCAGGUAUUAGAACAGCCCGUGUAGUGCAUGAGCAGCGUGCUCCAUCCAGUGAAUGAUUAAUGGAAUGUCCAUAGUAUAUCGCGCAAAGUCAUUGUUCAAAUCAUUGUUACUUUCCCAAACAGUUAAUAAAAUAUCAAAAAAUUAUUAUGGUGAUAUUAAAGUCACCUAUAGUAGAAAUUAAGCAAAUUUAAUUAUAAACAUUAUAGGAAUGGAAGAGCAGGAUUUGAACUGCGACCUCCAUAGUGUGCCGGCUUAGGUUCAAUCUCCGUUCCGGUCUUUACCCAUCUGUAAAGUUAUUUUGUCACUGUCUGCAGCUAGUGACUUUUCAAUUAUCUAUUAGGGAGAAAUAGGUAAAGAAAAUGAGACUAAAAAGUUUAUUUUAGUUUUUCAAUAUGCUUGGCAAUGUAUUUUAUUAUCCACCUGCUCGAAAAGCUUUAAAAUGUUUUUUUUAUAAAUUUAAUUGGACGGACGGAACUAUCGAAGAAACUCAUGCAAGGACUAUCCGUUAGUGGGCUAUUGACUCCAAAUUGCAGUUCACGUAUUGUGGCAUCCUCCACAGCCUGAUGUUUCAGCUGAGUCUCAAGUGUAGUCAAAAUAUUUACCCAGUUGUUUCAAUAAUUAUACUCCAGUCUGCACUCUUGGGUCACUGAGCUUUCCUAUUCUGUGAGACAGUUAUGUUCUUAUACCUUCUUACCGAAUUUCAUUCUUACGCCGAUCGUUUCAGAGAAAUCUUUACAAUCGUCCAAUCAGAUUUUAUCAUGCACGCUUGCAAGACAGAUGUUCGAUGAUCACUUCAGUUUAUAACUCAGGUUUUUCAUUUUAUGGAAGUUGGAACGACUUAAUGCUAUUAGCUAAUGACUGCUAAAUUAAAGAUAUGCUUGAAAGAAUUGAUCAGUAUGCACAUCUGA